GCUUGACUCGCAACCCAAUUUCAUAAUGGCGACCUCGAUCGCGGGUGUACCGCUUUUUUCAGCUGCUCGAGCACGCACAGCUGUUAUUUCACAGUCCUCGACAAUCGCUUUAUCACAAUGUCGACAAUUCUCGCCCUCCGCCCAAUACAGUGCUCUGCAGAAAGGGAUGCCACAGACGCUAUCAGUAAGGCAGCCCUCGCAGCCCAGUAUGAAGUCUAGGGGCCAAAAUAUGUCGCGAUCAGAGCUGCCACAAGACAUUGGACUGUUACCGGGGACCUAUAUUCGGCCAUUGUGGAGGGAUAUGCCGUCCAUCUUUCAACAACCAAGGGAACGACUACACUUUGAAUGGCUGUGGGUGAAAUCAUGGUUCCAGAAUUUCUUGGGGCUCUUCGUAUAUAGUAAAACGGAUGGCAAAGGACUCCCUCUACGGUUGAAAGAACGGCGACAAAUAGCUCGUGAUUUUCACCAACGGAUGUACUCCGCAUUUGCCGAUGGAGAUGCUACGACACUACGCAAGAUCUGUUGCACUGGUCUUGCAAACAACCUUAUCGGCCGUAUCGCAGCCCGCCCCAAGGGCGAGAUAGUGACUUGGACCCUGGACAAAUACAUUCGGUCCCCAUCCACCUUCUUCACCGGAAUCCGUGUCGUAUCAGACCGUGCUACUCAAAUUCCCGAAUUGGCCGACUCUGGCGUACGCCAAGUGGUCCUCCGUAUCACAAGUCGUCAGUCAACAGGCAAGGCGCAGCGACAGCCAUCAGGAGAUUAUGAUCCUGCAAAUGUUAAGCAGCAGGACUGCACCGAAUACAUUGUUCUCCAGAAACUCCGGUGGAUUGGUGAGGAGGAAAGCUGGCGUGUCUGGGGUCACGCCACACCCACAACAAUCGACGACCUAAGCAGUCCGUUCUUUGCUCAAGGGCUCACGUUUGCAGAACGUCUCGACGCGAUGAGGGCAACGAUGGGAACGAAGAAAUAAUUUUGCCAUAUAAUGAGGCAACUUUUCUCUCCCCUCCACUCAUCGACCCAUCAAUACCACGGCUUCCACCUUCUGGCGCCAGGUAGUCCCUGCGGAGAAGGCAUGUCGGACAAUAUCACGGACUGUGGGAUAUGUUCCCGGUCUGCUAUUGUCGUGUAAAACUUUUAUAUACAAUUGCGCCAACGCUGACCUUUCUGGCUGAUUUACUCUGAUAGUAAUUACGAGCGUCUUGGCCAUGGCGCUUCCUAUUUGUACUAUACUCCUGCUCCACUGCCUUCAAAUCUUGUACUUAUUUACCAUGCUCUUCGGGCUUCAUUUAUAGAAUUGGAAAUGGUGUAAAAUAUAAAACGACGAAUGACCCCAGGGGUCAUAUUAACAUUGGGUAAUAAUGUAUCGAAAGAUAUCUGCCCUCGAAAGCAGUAUUAUAUACAGUGCAGAC